UUCACUAGUCGUGUUCUCAUUUUUGUUUUCACUCUCGCCAUGGCCAUUUCUUCAAGCUUUUGCCUUGAAGAAUUGGAGACAAUCCAAAUGGCCCAAACACAAAUUUUGCAAGUGAGAAGUUGGGUUCAAUCAGUGGCCGGUGGAGGACUAAACCAGGAUUUAAACCAUGUUAGCCUGCCUCUAAGCGAUUGUGGUAAGCUUUAUAGUGAGAGUGAGUUUCGAGUUGCGCAAAUAGUGGCCGGUGAGAAGAAUUACACCGACGAUGAUGCUCGCACUUGGCUAAGUGGUGUGUUAGCUAAUCAUAGAACUUGUUUUGAUGGUUUGAGUGAAAAAGGAUUUUUAGAAGCUGGUCGUGAUGAAUUGGCUCACAAUCUAACUUUUUUACUUGGUAAAAGCCUUGCUUUUUACAGUCGUGGGAGAAGCAUAAGAAGGGGAGUGCCUAAGAUACCAAAACCCAGUCACAACGAAGGAAUUCUAACAUCAUGGAGUCCGACAACUUCCAAGGCAGAUUAUGUAGUAGCAAAGGAUGGUUCUGGUACACAUAAAUCAAUUAAGGAUGCCAUAGCUGCACUUGGUAAAUUGGGUAAAACAAGAACUCAAAGAAUUGUAGUUCAUGUCAAAGCAGGAGUUUACAAUGAGAACGUAGAAAUUGGUCAUCACAUUAAAAAUGUGAUGCUUGUAGGAGACGGCAUUGACAGAACAGUUAUCACUGGCAGUCGAAAUGUCCCAGAUGGCUAUACCACCUUGACAUCCGCCACUUUUGGGGUGUCAGGGGAUGGGUUUUGGGCAAGGGAUAUAACCUUUGAGAAUACGGCUGGUCCCGCUAAACACCAAGCAGUAGCAUUAAAAGUGAGUUCAGACCACGCAGUAUUUUACCGAUGCAGUUUCAAAGCAUACCAAGACACUCUUUACGCGCAUUCCUUACGGCAAUUUUAUCGCGAUUGUCACAUUUACGGAACUGUCGAUUUUAUAUUCGGUGACGCUUCAGCAGUCUUCCAAAAUUGCGACAUUUUUGUCCGAAGACCAAUGUCCGGUCAAGCCAACUAUAUAACCGCGCAAGGAAGAGAUAAUCCUAAUGAAAACACCGGAAUUUGCAUACAGCGGUCGCGAGUGAGACCAUCACCGGAGUUUCUUAAUGCUAGAAAGUCGAUAAGGAGUUAUCUUGGUCGGCCUUGGAGGAAAUAUUCGAGGACUGUGUUUAUGCAAACGGAUCUUGAUGGGAUAAUUGAUCCGACGGGUUGGGGACCAUGGCACGGUAAUUAUGCGCUUUCGACUCUGUUUUAUGCGGAGUAUAAGAAUACCGGGAAUGGCGCGUCUACGUCGAGAAGGGUAAAUUGGCCCGGAUUUCAUGUGUUGAACACUCCUCGGCAAGCUAUGCCGUUUACUGUGAGUAGGUUCAUACAAGGAGAGGCUUGGAUUCCAGCCACUGGUGUGCCAUUUUGGCUUGAAAUUUAAAUAUUAAGUGUGCAGAAGAUAUUUGACACAUUAAUGAAUAAUGAUAUGUAUAAAAUAGGCUUGUAAUUGUAAUAAAGGCCUGCUCUUGGUGUCUUCUUCUAGAUAUAUAAUACAUAAAUGUUUGUUAAUAUGUAGUAUUGGCGAAUCCUUUGAAGUAAUGUAGUGUAUCAAUGUUAAUUUGCCAAAUUCAUACGA